AUGCACGAUAAACAGGAAAUAAACUUACUUUUGGAGGUUGAUCCUGUCACCGGACUCUUAAAAAAUUACAAAAUCAUCAAAAAUCUGAAAGAUCAAAUAAAGAAAAGUAAAAUUUCGUUGGUUAAAAGUGACGAAGAUGACUCCGAAAGAAUCGCGAAUUGCGAUUGUUGCUCAAAUCCUUACGAAAUAUUCCUGUAUCAGCUUGAAAAUGAGGCAAAAGAAGAGCUUGAACCAAUUUCUGAUGUAAUUGAAGUCAAGGAGGAACAAAUUUUCGUCGAACCAAUUGUUCCAUUGCCGGCGAAAACGAAGUUAAAGUCGAAAAAAUUGAAGAAAAACCCGACAAAAAAUGAGUUGAAACCCGAAAUUGACCCAAAAAUCCUUGAAAUUGCUCAAAAUUCAGCAAAACGCAAAGCAGGAAGACCCAAAAAAGGCGAAAUUGUGAUCCCGCAAAGGAUUUUGGCGAAAAAAGUUUAUGCAAAGAACGAAAAUGGUUUCUACAAAUGUGAUAAAUGUCAAACAGAAUACGACAAAUUGAGGCCUUUCAAGUUACAUUUCCAUUGUUGCAACGGAACAAACUUGGGACGUUAUACAACAACUGAAACCCCUGGCUGCGGUUAUUGCGGCAAACUUUAUACAAAUUGGCUCACUGCCCGUUCUCAUGAAAAAAUGAAACAUGAAGCUGCCAUAACUUACACUUGCGAAAUUUGCGGUUAUACCACAAAACACAAAUAUUCCUUCACAAAUCACUUGUACAUUCACGAGCCCAAGAAGCAGUUUAUGUGCGAUCUUUGCCAAUAUCGGUGCAGCAGUCGACACGGCAUGAAGCAACAUAUGCAAAUGAUUCACCUGAAAAUCGGAAUUCACGUUUGUGAAGUUUGUGCGAAAAUUUUCCCCAACUCGGAAGCUUUGAAAUCGCAUCUGGCUUAUCAACAUAGCGAAGAACGAAAUUUUCCAUGUCCAAAUUGCGAUAAAGCUUUUAAAACUAAAAUAAACUUAAAUUCGCAUAUUCAACGAAUUCACAUCCCGACAGAGUUGAAGGAAAAAUUUCAAUGUGAAAGAUGCGAUUUCUUCUCGUACUGCGGCAAAAGUUUCAAAGCUCAUCAGGCGAUUCAUGUCGAUACGGAAGAUUGUCCUUAUAAAUGCCAAAUUUGUCAACGAGGGUUCGUAUCGAAACACAGAUUUAAGGAACACGAGAAAUCGCAUUCAGAUGAGAGGCCGUAUCAAUGCGAUUAUUGCGAAAAGGCUUUUAGACGAAAGGCGGAUUGUAAAGUUCAUAUGAGAUAUCACACGGGCGAAAAACCGUAUGAAUGUGAGAUUUGUAAGCAAAGGUAUUCGGAUAGAGGAUGUUAUAGAUCGCAUUUGAUAGCGCAUGAGAAGCAGCUGGGAAUUGUAUUGGAUAAAAGUGUUAAAAAGUUCAUGGAGAAGCCGAUUGUUUUGUCGAUAGACAAUAAAAAUUGCGCAAAAAUGCACGAAAAACAGGAAAUAAAUCUACUUUUAGAAUUCGAUAGCGUGACAGGAGCAUUAAAAAAGUGCAAAAUAAUUGAAAAUUUAAAAGAUGAAAUCAAAACUAACAAAAUUUCAUUGAUAAAUAUCGAAAACGAACCCGAUGAAAGACUUGGAAGUUGUAACAUUUGUUCAAAUUCUUAUCAAAUCGUAUUAUUUCAAGUCAACCAUGAACCUGAAGAAGUACAAACAACCAAAAUUGAGCCUCUUGAAGAAUUUCCUGUGGCAGAAAUUAAAACUGAAGUCUUUGUAGAACCCGUACAAUUAUUUCCAACAGAAGAUUUUGAUGACAAAUCUCAUUUUGAAACAGAAGAAGUCGAAGAAAAACAUGAUUUUAAUGAUAAACCUCAAAGAAGACCUCUUACAAAAGACAUCAAAGUAGCUGAAGAUGGUUCUGUCAAAUGUCCUUACUGCCAAUCAGAGUUCAGAAACAAAUUAGCUCUUUCAGGUCAUUUAAAGUUUUGUAACCCAAACACUGUUGGUCGAUACACAAAAGGUACUAAACCGACUUGUAGCUAUUGCGGCAAAACUUUUUCACAAUGGGGCACUGCGAGAACUCACGAAAAGAAAAUCCACGAAGGACGAAUUCAAUUUACUUGCGAGGUUUGUGGCUAUAACACAACUAACAAAGAUUCCUUUGAAAACCAUCAACUUCGAGAUCACAAAGAGGAGCAAAAACAUGUCGUUUGUGAUAUUUGCGGAUAUCGUUGCAGUAACAAAAACAGCAUUCGAGCCCAUAUUAAAUUCGUUCAUCUCAAAGUUGACACUGUAACUUGCGAUUUAUGCGGAAAAGUCUUUCAAAGUGAUUCGAGACUCGCGAUUCAUCGAUCUUAUGCCCAUAAUGACGUCAAAAAUUUUUCAUGUUCGAAUUGCGAUAAAAUGUUCAAGACCAAGAGAUGUUUGUUAAAUCAUAAUUAUAAGAUGCAUACACCGACGGAGCUGAAGAAGAAAUAUUCCUGUGAUCAUUGCGAAUACACGUCCUUCAAUAAGUUUAGUUACAAACAGCAUUUGGGACGACACAUGGAUGACGAAGAAAAACAGUUUCAAUGUUCAGUUUGUCAAAAAACGUUUGUCUCAAUUUAUCGGCUGAAAGAUCACGAAGUUACACAUUUAGAGGAAAGAAAGUUCAGAUGUUUGUUUUGUGAGAAAGGUUUCAAACGAAAAGCUGACCUGAAAAUUCACACGAGACAUCAUACGGGCGAGAAACCGUAUGAAUGUGAGAUUUGCAAGCAAAGGUAUGCGGAUAGAGGAUGUUAUAGAUCGCAUAUUAUAGCGCAUGAGAAGCAGCUGGGGAUUGUGUUGGAUAAAAGUGUUAAGCGAUUUGUGGAGAAAAAAGAUUGA